AUGCCUAACGACGAUCUUGAGUGUGAGAGACUAGGUACUUUCCAACCGCCUUCUAGAGGCAUUAUGCGUAAACGCUCAUUGAAGACAGAUUUGCAACACAACCUGAUCAUCCUUACCCUAGGAGGCCGACUGGGCCUAGCACCACCCAACGACCCCGACUCUAAGGUUAAGCGGGUCCUUGAUGUUGGCAUGGGCAUGGGAAUCUGGGCCGUGGACUUUAGCGAUGAGCAUCCCGAAUCUCAGGUCAUUGGCGUCGAUCUCUCACCGAUUCAACCCAAUUUCGUCCCCCCAAACGUCGAGUUCUUCGUCGAUGAUAUUGAAGAGUCGUGGUCGUUCUCUGAGCCUUUUGACUACGUCUAUAGUAGGAUGAUGACCUUCAGCAUCAAGAGUUGGCCAGAAUACAUCCGCAACAUCUACGACAAACUCACCCCUGGCGGCUACGUCGAGCUCCUGGAGAUCGACCUCUACGGCAAAUCCGACGACGGCAUACUCAAGGAGCACCACGAGCUCUCGCGGCUCGUCAGGCUCCUAGACGAGGCGUCCACAAAGAUCGGCCGCAAGUUCCAGGACAAUAAGAAGAAUAAGGAUAUCCUGCGGGACACGGGCUUUGUGGACAUUGUCGAGACUACCUUUAAGUGGCCAAGCGGGCCUUGGCCGCGGGAGAAGAAGUAUAAGGAGCUCGGCCAGUGGGUGCUUGGGUGGAGCAAGGAGGAGGUGAUUGUCUAUCUCGCAAGGGUCAGGAAGGAGAUGUCUGAUAAGAGCAUUCAUGCAUAUUGGUCGAUAUACUCGACUUAUGGGAGACGGCCUCUGGAACCAAAGGGUAAGGCGGAGGAUGAAUAG